AUCACGUGACCAUUUCAGAGCCACACCUCUCCAGCAGGUCCGGAUUCGGUCCAGACAGACGGAGCAGGAGCAGCAGAACUUUAGUCCUUCAUCAUGAGGGUUUUCCUCCUCUCCCUGCUGGUCCGGUUCGGAUGCGGUGCUGAGCUCCAGUCGGAGAUGUACGGCAGCCUGGAGUCUCCAAACUUUCCUGACUCGUAUCCCACAGACACCAAGCGGAACUGGACCAUCAGGGUUCCGGACGGAUUCCGGAUCACGUUGUUCUUCAGCCACUUUGACCUGGAGCCGUCUUACCUGUGCGAGUACGACUUCGUCAAGGUGGAGGCGGACGGAGCGGCGCUGGCUGUGUUCUGUGGGAAGGAGGAGACGGACACCGAGGCGGUACCGGCACAGCGGGUCAUCACCUCCCCCAGAAACUCCCUCAGCGUCCAGUUUGUGUCGGACUUCUCCAACGAGGAGCGAUUCUCCGGAUUUGUAGCUCAUUAUAGCGCAGUGGAUAUAGACGAGUGCAGCGAACGCGGUGAUGAGGAUCCGCUCUGCGAUCAUUUCUGCCAUAAUUUCAUCGGGGGUUACUACUGCUCCUGUCGCUAUGGUUACCAGCUGCACACUGACAACCACACCUGCAGAGUGGACUGCAGCGGCGCCGUGUUCAGGGAACGCGCCGGCGUCUUGAGCAGCGUUAACUUUCCGGGUCCAUAUCCGAAGAGCUCUGACUGCUGGUACCGCAUCGAGCUGGAGGCUGGGUUCAAGGUCCAGAUGAACUUUGACCCCCGCUUUGACGUGGAGAGCCACCCGGACAUCAGCUGCCCCUACGACCACCUGAAGAUCCAAGCAGGAAGCAGAGAGUUUGGCCCGUUCUGUGGCGAUCGGUCUCCAGGGAUCAUCCGGACCGACAGCAACAUCGUCUCCGUCCGAUUCCACAGCGACGAUUCUGGAGAAAACUUCGGCUGGAGGCUGAACUACACCGCCACAGGAAGUCAGUGUCCAGAACCUGAGGCUCCGCCCAACGCGGUGAUGGUUCCGAUCCAAUCACAAUACUCCUUCAAGGACCAUGUGGUGUUCAGCUGUCAGCCGGGGUUCCUCCUGGUCCAGGACGGUGGGACGUCGGAUCGUCUCCAGCUGGAAUGCCAGGCUGACGGCUCGUGGAGCGGCCGUCCUCCUCGCUGUUACAUUUUAGGACUGGUUCACCAUCAGGCCUUCACAGGAAGAAGAGAGCUGUCACCUUUUCAUUUUGACAUUCUCCAAUUGGUGGAUUGUGGGAUUCCUAAGAAGGUGGAUGGAGCUGUUGUGAUGUUUGGUCGCCAUGACAACACCACGCUGUUUGGAGCGACGGUUCAUUACGUCUGCGGGGAGGACGGCGUCCAGCUGAGCAACACUUUGUUCAGGUGUGGCCCUGCAGGUCAGUGGCUGGACGCUGACGGAGGAACACAACUUCCUGUCUGUCUGCCAGCCUGCGGCUUGCCUUCUCGGCCUCUCCCCCACCAGGUGAAGCGGAUUGUGGGCGGUCGGAGCGCUGAGCCCGGUUUCUUCCCCUGGCAGGUUCUGCUCAGUGUGGAGGACCUGUCUCGGGUCCCUGAGGACCGCUGGUUUGGCUCCGGGGCCCUGCUGUCUCAGUCCUGGAUCCUGACCGCCGCCCACGUCCUGCGGUCCCAGAGGAGAGACGCCACCGUCGUCCCGGUGGUCCCGCAUCACGUGAAGGUGUUCCUCGGCCUCCACAGCCUCAGAGACAAACAGACGUCCACCGGCCGCUCCGUCGAUCAGAUCGUCCUCCAUCCAGACUUUCAGCCCGACAACUACAACAACGACAUCGCCCUGCUGAGGCUGAGCCAGGCGGCAGAGUUCAACCGGCUGGUCCGUCCCGUCUGUCUGCCACCGGCUCACCGACAGGACCGUCCGUCCUUCCUCCUCCCCAACUCUCUGGGUCUAGUUGCUGGUUGGGGGAUCUCCAACGCUUCCUCCACCCCGUCCCCACUGACCUCUGACCUCUUGCAGUACGUGAAGCUGCCAGUGGUCCCUCAGGACGAAUGUCAGGCCAGCUAUGCUUCCCGCUCCGUCCGCUACAACAUCACAGACAACAUGUUUUGCGCGGGUUUCUUCCAGGGUGGGCGAGACACCUGCCUGGGGGACAGCGGGGGGGCGUUCGUGAUGCAGGCGGGGCGGAGGUGGGCCGUGUUCGGCCUGGUGUCCUGGGCCGGGCCCGAGGACUGCGGCAGUCAGAGGGUGUACGGCGUCUACACCCGGGUGGAGAAAUACCUGGACUGGAUUCAGAGCCAUGUUCAGGCUGCCCCCUGGUGGUGAGGAAGAAACGCUGCGCCUCCAUGCAGAGUUCUGCUGCUCUGCAGCAGAACUCUGUCAGUUCUGCAGAAUCUGAUCAAUCAAUGGAUUCAUCAGGAACUUUCAUGGAUUGUUGAAAGUUCACACGAUGAACUGAUGAUUCUGUGUUUUAACCAUCUGAGCUCCAUAAUCUGCAUCAAAUUAAUCAACCUGCAUGUUUAAUUCAGAUUAGUAUCUAGAACUUUCUCAGAAACUCCAGACUAGUAUUUUGAAAAUUAUCAGUGUUCUGCAAAAUAACAAAACCUUACCAAAUAUUUUUACUGUACUUUCUUGUUCAAAUAUUUUAGUGAACUUGAAAUAAGACAAAAUAAUCUUACAAGUAACUUUUCUGCAGGAAAUAGGAGCUUGGUUUUAUUCAGUAAUUCUUAAAUGUUGACAAAAACUGUUAGUUCCUCUGGCAGAUUGGUUCUCCGGCUUCCUCCCACGGUCCAAAAGCAUGACUGUCAGGUUAAUUGGGCUCUCUAAAUUCUCCCUAGGUGUGAGUGUGUGUGUGAAUGGUUGUUUGUCUUGUAUGUCUUUGUGUUGCCCUGUGACAGACUGGCCACCUGUCCAGGGUGAACCCGCCUCUCGCCCGGAACGCAGCUGGAGAGGAACCAGCAACCCUCCCGACCCCAUUAGGGAUGAAGGGUGUAAGAAAAUGGAUGGAUGGAUGGAUAUACUUGUCAGUUAGUUUUGUCUUAUUUCAAGCAUUCUCUGUUCUCAGUUAGCAGAAUGUAAACGUCACUUUAAUGGAAAACUUAUUCCAUCAGAAACAUUAAUCUGAUUCCAAGGGAAAAUAUAUUUAAGUUUACAAAUACUUUACUACUUACAAUAAACAUCAUGCAUUUUAGUAGUGAAGGCAUGUUACUAUAUAUUUAUUUCCAAUUAUUUACCAUAUAUUUAACAUGAAAAGAAUGACAGGAGGAUUGCUUUCAUUGCUCACAACUGACAAAUAUUUUACUGGUUUUUUCCCCUGAAAACAUCUGACUGAUAUUAAUCUUAACAGGGAAAAUUUUCCAACCCUUCUUGGGUUUUGGCUCUAUAACAGCUCACACAUUUCAUUCCAACAAAAAAUGUCUGACUUCUUAAUUUGUUCAAUUACCGUAAUUUCCGGACUAUAAGCAGCGACUUUUGUCUCACGCUUUCGACCUGCGGCUUAUACAACGAUGCGGCUUAUUUAUGAAUUUUUUCU